GCGAUGCAUACAACAGUUUUCACGAAAUUUUGCCAAUCGAAAAAACCGGGUAUUCAAAAAGUUUAUUAGAAUCAAUAUUUUGCUCUAUGCUGGCGCAAUAAUUUCGGAUACAAGUGUUUUUUUGUUUGUUUUUCGAGUAUAAUUUAAAAGUGACUUUCUUUUCAAACGGCCCGAUAGACAGGUUUCGAAACAACAUUUGUUACAUUUUGAAACGAAAAAACUUUCACAAAGUGCUGCUGUUGGUAUCUCCUUUACCGUCAUGGCUGAUGAGGGAGCAAAUCCGGAAAAAGAGUCGGAAAAGAAAAUCGUACACACGUAUCCGCUUGUCAAGCAUUCUGAUAUGAACGAGGAAAUGCGCACCGAAGCAAUCGAAAUGAGCAUUACCGCUUGUGAAAAAUACUCGAGCAACUACGAGCAAGCAGCACGAGUCAUCAAGGAAACCAUGGAUAAAAAAUUCGGCAUCUAUUGGCAUGUCGUUGUUGGUGAAGGUUUUGGCUUUGAGGUAUCCUACGAAACGAAGAAUAUUUUGUAUCUCUUCUUCGGUGGAAAUCUAGCCAUUCUACUAUGGAAAUGUUCAUAGUACCAAUACACAUGCAAAUGUAUGUACGUAACUAUGCAGCGGCUAUAAGAAUCGGGACACAAUACAAUACGAAAAAGCAACAACACAAACAGCACAAGAAUUAUUGUGCAAGCAAAAACAAAUAUAGCAGCAAGCCGGAAGUUAAUCAGCGACUAUUUAGGGAAGAUGUAGCGAAAGUGUAUUAAAUAUACAAUAGUAGAUUACCGAAAUAAAUGGUUUACAUACCCGCGUACCUAAAUUGUAUUAAAAGAAGUAAAUAAGAAAAUUAUUAAAAAAAAAAAAAAUACACACGCAAACACCUAUAAUUAAUAGAUGGUAUUUAAACCGAAAUU